GUUCCACAUAAGCGGUGUGAUUUGUCAAAACUGUCAGUCAGGAUACGUGGCCCGAAAAUUUGUGGAGUUUCUUGUGUUGUUUAUAUUUUUAGUGUGUGAAUACGAUAAAAUAUAAUAAAACUGAAAUAAUUAUCACACAAAAUGAUGAAUCCACAAUAUCCACCACCAGGCCAAAAUAAUAAUGCGCCAAAUAAUCCACUAAACUAUCCUCCAUCACAAGAUUACAAUGGCAUUCAAAAUUCUAAUAAUUAUAACCAAAUUCCACCUAAUAGUUCCCAAAAUGAUAUAUCAAACAAGAUGCAAAAUAUGAAUGUAAAUGGGCCACAGGGAUUUAUACCACCAUCCCAACUGCCACCAGGUCAGUUACCUCCAAAUUUUCCACCCACAUCUAACUUUAACCAAAUGCCACCUGGUGUUAAAUCAUUGCAACCUGGCCGGCCACCAGUCACAAGUAUGCCUCAACAAUUCCCUGCUUCAAUGGGCCAAAUUCCUCCAUCUUCUACUCCUGGUCCUCAGUUCAAUCAACCACCUACAUCUAUGCACAUGCCAAAGCCCAUGCAACAACAACCUGGUAUGCAGAGCCAAACAGGGAUGCCACCGAUGCAACAAAAUCCUCAAAUGCCACUUCAGUAUGGACAGGGUCCUCCAACUAGUCAACCAGGCUUGAACCAACCCCAAAUGAGACCUGAUCAAGGGUCACUUGGGCAAAACAUACCAUCAAAUAUACAGAAUAGAGGUCCUAUGCCUAAUCAGCAUUUUUCACAAGCAAGUUCCAUGCCACCAACAAGUCAGCAGGGUUCAAUGAGACCUGACACUCAAGGACCUCCUAGCAUGCAGAAACCUUUACAACAAUCCCAUAUGCCACAACAGGGAUUGCCUAUUCAACAAGCUGUGGCCCAACAAUCAGGCAUGCCUUCUCAACAAGCAGUGCCCCCACAACCAAGCAUGCCUCCACAACAAAGAUUGCCACCGCAGCCAGGAAUGCCACCUCAGCCCAGUAUGCCACCGCAGCCAGGCAUGCCACCUCAUCAAGGUAUGCCACCGAAGCAGGGCAUGCCACAGCAGCAGGGUAUGCCACCGCAGCAGAGCAUGCCACAGCAGCAGGGAAUGCCACCACAGCAGGGAAUGCCACCGCAGCAGGGAAUGCCACCACAGCAGGGCAUGCCACCGCAGCAGGGCAUGCCACCGCAGCAGGGCAUGCCACCGCAGCAGGGCAUGCCACCGCAGCAGGGCAUGCCACCGCAGCAGGGCAUGCCACCGCAGCAGGGCAUGCCACCGCAGCAGGGCAUGCCACCGCAGCAGGGCAUACCGCCGCAGCCAGGCAUGCCACCACAGAUGGGCAUGAAUUCUCAGCCAGGCAUGGCUCCACGAUCAGGAAUGCCUCAGCAACCAGGCACGGCUGCACAACCUGGAAUGCCUCCCCGACCAGGAAUGCCCCCACAGCCGGGAAUGCCUCCACAACCGGGAAUGCCUCCACAACCGGGAAUGCCUCUACAACCGGGAAUGCCUCCACAACCGGGAAUGCCUCCACAGCCGGGAAUGCCUCCACAGCCAGGAAUGCCUCCACAGCCGGGAAUGCCUCCACAGCCGGGAAUGCCUCCACAGCCAGGAAUGCCUCCACAGCCAGGAAUGCCUCCACAGUCAGGCAUGCCCCCCUCAUCACAGUACAAUCAGUUUCAAUCUAUGCCUGGUAUGCCUCACAUGCCACCACCAUUGAAUCAGCAGGGACAGUUCACUGCACCACCACAAAAUCCUCAAUAUCCAGGAAUGCCCCCAAUGCCUCAACAAAAUUACCAGGCAGGUUCAGGAUAUCCACCACCUUUCCCAGCCCAACAGCCAAGUUAUGGACAGCAGCCAUACCAGCAACCUCAACAAAGAAGGCUCGAUCCUGAUCAGAUGCCAAGUCCAAUCCAAGUGAUGUCCGAUGACCAAAAUAACCGCAGUGGAGUAUUUGUAACCAACGAUAAAGGCUUAGUGCCUCCACUUGUCACCACUGACUUUAUUGUUGAUGAUAAAGGAAAUGCUAGUCCCAGAUUCAUAAGAAGUUCCCUGUACAGUGUUCCUGUGACAACUGACCUUCUCAAACAAACAUCCAUUCCCUUCUGCCUUGUUAUUGCCCCCAUGGCAGAGACAGUGGGUACAGAACAGGAGCCACCAUUAAUUGACUUUGCAGCCCUCACGGGGUCACCUAACAUGGGCCCAGUGAGAUGCAGUCGAUGCAAAGCAUAUAUCUGUCCCAAUAUGAAGUUUGUAGAUGCGGGCAGGCAUUUUAAGUGUGCCUUCUGUAAAGCUACUACUGAGGUGCCAAUGGAGUACACGCAAUACAUAAACACAAUGCAACAGUACGGAAGACUUCCGGCUGAAAUUAGUGUCGGCGCCUACGAAAUUGUCGCUACUAAAGAAUAUUGUAGGAACAACACCCUGCCUAAUCCACCAGCUGUAGUAUUCGUAAUAGACGUAUCGUAUAACUCCAUGAAGAGUGGUCUUCUGCGCACUAUAUGUGACAAUAUUCUGGAUAUCAUUCAGGCAAUGCCAAAGGAUGAACAAACUGGCAAGUGUAUGACCCGAGUAGGAUUCAUUACUUACAGUUCUACUGUGCACUUCUACAAUAUCAAGGGUUCCCUUGCACAACCACAAAUGCUAUCAGUCGGUGACAUCGGAGACAUGUUUGUACCAAUCCUGGAAGGCUUCCUUGUAGAAGCUGAAGAGUCUGGACCGGUUCUGGAGGCAUUGCUCGAGCAAUUACCCACAAUAUUUGCUGAGAACCAGAAUACUGAGAUUAUUUUGUUGCCUGCUGUUCAGGCCGGUCUGGAAGCCCUUAAAGCGGCAGAUACCUGUGGUCAACUCUUAGUAUUCCACACAUCGCUUCCAACUUACAAUGCGCCCGGAAAACUUAUUAAUAGAGAAGAUAGAAAACUUCUUGGAACAGAAAAAGAGAAGCAGAUCUUGAGUCCCCAAACAACAGCGUACAACGAGCUAGGUCAAGCGUGUUCCGCUGCGGGCGUGUCCGUCGAACUGUUCGUAUUUAACAACUCGUACGUCGAUACGGCAACUAUCGGACAACUGCCGCGAUUGACGGGCGGACAAGUGCAUAAAUACACUUAUUUCACUGCUGAAACAGACGGCAGUCGUCUAUGCCGUGAUGUUCGUCGCGUAGUGACGCGUAACACUGCUCACGAUGCCGUGAUGCGUGUACGCACGUCCACGGGCGUACGAGCUACUGACUUCUUCGGACAUUUCUUUAUGUCUAACACCACUGAUGUCGAAUUGGCUGCUAUUGACCCUGACAAGGCGAUAGGCGUCGAAAUAAAACAUGACGACAAACUGACGGGCGAGGACGGCGUAUACAUACAAACUGCGUUGCUGUACACGCAUCGAUCCGGUCAGAGAAGAUUACGUGUGCUAAACCUAGCACUCAAUGUGGCCCACCAGCUCGCUGAUGUGUAUAGAUCUGCUGAAUUGGAUACGAUGAUCAAUUUCCUAACUAAACAAGCGGUAUGGGUCCUUCGUGACGCCCCACCCCGCGCAGUACGUGAAGGUUUAACAACCCGAUGCGCGCGUUCGUUGGCCGCGUACAGAAGACACUGUGCGUCGCCAUCUUCUGCGGCCCAAUUAGUCUUACCGGAGUCUAUGAAACUACUGCCUUUGUAUACCAGCGGUCUAUUACGGUCAGACGCUAUUUCUGGAGGUCCAGACAUAACCUGUGACGACCGUUCGUGCGCAAUGUACCGUGCGUUGACAGCGGACGUAUGUCAGUCCGUAGUAUACACGUACCCGCGUCUUCUUCCAUUACAUACGCUUCCAAAUACGCCGCAGCCGCUUAGGGCCUCUGUCGAUAAGAUGAGCGAUCAGGGGGUCUAUCUGCUUGAAAAUGGCGUCCAUAUGCUGCUCUGGGUUGGAUCACAGGCCUCUCCGGAAUUCGUAAAUGAUGUUUUCGGCGCUCCAUCUCCUCACCAGCUGAAUACCCAGGUCUGCGAGCUUCCAGAACUAGAUAACGAGCUGAACAGAGCCGUUAGAGCCUUGCUAGAAGAUGCAAGAGAUAAGAGGAGAACUGCUAUGCGGUUAACGGUUAUGCGUCAGCAUGACAAAUUGGAGGCAGUGUUGCGGCACUUCUUGGUUGAAGAUCGAGGAGUGGACGGGUCUUCCUCAUACGUCGACUACCUCUGCCACAUACAUAAGGAAAUCAGAAAUCUUCUAUAGCAGUAUGAAAUAUAAAUAAACCGUGGACAUUUCAAAAUGUUUCCAAUAAAGUGUUUGGGAUAAAUUCCUGAUGAUCACGCAUACGUUAGACUGUUAAUGAAGUUUCAUAUUAGCCAAGAAAAUUCCCUUUUUUUAUAUAUUUCACGACAUUUAGUAUAUGUAUGAAACUAUAUAUUUGGUUUACGUUAGUACUUCUUAAAAUAACACUAAUAUAAACGCGAAUUUGUUAAGUGAAUUGUGACUGCUUUCGCGUUUCUAUAGUUUUAUUUUAAAUGGCCUUGCAAUCUGAUAAUUAAAUAUAAUUUUACUUAGCGUUGUUCUAAUGAUAAAAUACGAAUAGGAAUUAGGCCUUCCACAUUUGUGCUAUAUAGUUAAUAUUUCCAAAUACAAUUAUGACAAACCGAUCAAUUAUAUGUGUGGUCAAUGUUAUGAGAAUUGAGGUUUUUAUACGAUGAUAAGUUUUUAUAAGAGAUUAUGGGUAUAUACUACUUACAAAAAUUAAUAACUCAUGAUAAUUCAAUAACGAGUAUAAAUACACAAAGUAGUCUACUAAACGCAGUUUUUUUAAUUAAAAAAAGUAGAUUAAAUUUGUAAUUAAUUUUUCUUGUGUGUAACAUACAAUUAAUAAAAAAAUCAUAAUUUCGUGUAAUUUUUUGUGAAAAGGAAAGAUAAAAACUGUUCUCUGUUUAAAAGCCUUAAUUGUAAUGUAUUAAAAUAUUUAAGGUUUCUAUUUUUGUUAAUGUAAAUAAUUCAAUAUGAUUGGAGCGAUUUAUAUAUAAUUCAUUUAUUAAUUAUGAUAUUACGCAAUUAGUUUUUCAUCUGGUAUAAACUCAUUUCUAAAUUUAUUUAGAUUUAAUAUUGCAAUAUUCAUUCGCUAACCAUGUGAAAUUAGUCAUCAGUUGACAUUCAAGUGUUAAAAUCAUAAUUUUAUUAAUAUAUUAAAUCUGAUUUACUUUAUACAUUCUAGGUAAAAUAUUUCGUUAAUAUAGGUCAUUUGUUUGGUAUUGAUAUGUAUUCCAAUCUACAGUAGACAUUAUUUUUUUAGGUUAAUUCAAUUAUUAUAGGAUUAAGGUUCGAUUGUGUAAAUAAAGUAUAUUGGAAUUAUGUUAA